UCUAUGAAGCUUAGUGGGGUCCCCCCCCUCAGGAAGCUUCCUCUAGUGAAGAAACAAGUUUUUUCAUUCAUCCAGCUACCAUCAUGCACCUUUUCUGUUGCAGGAACUGAGCUAAAGGUUCCUAACAUAAUUGUGCCUGUGAGGUGGGGCCGUCUUAGAGAAUGGAGGGUGGGGUACACCCUCCAAGAAUUUACAAGUCUUUUUCAGGAGGAAGGAAAGAAAACUGGGGAAACGAAUCAGGAGAAAGUAAAAAGGUGACAGAGAUGAGGAGCUUAGGAAGACAGAACCAACCCACGUCUAGAUGGGCAAAUACCCUCCCCUCCCCUCAGCUCUGGGCCUUAGCUCCGUGUUUGUCAACAGCAGGGCUGAGGUUUCUGCCAGUGAAAACAGGGUAGGAUUCCAGGGUUGUGUUGGGAAGCCAAAGGGUUGCCAGCUCUUCCCCCCACCCCAUCCCCCGUGGCCCAGUGGAGCUUCUCCCAGAGAAAGAAGGGAGGGAGCAGGUGCAGAAGCCCAGGACAAAGGAGCUAGCAGGGCGCCAGAGACCACUGUUCCUGUUAGCAUCCCUUCCCCACCGCACCCUGGGUCCCCCACCUGACCCCAAGUGCCCACGGUACGGAGCCAGGAGCUGGCGGAAAGAACUAGUGCUGGGCUGGGGCAUCAGUGGCAACGACAAGCUAACUCCAGGAAAGGAGCCUGCCUGGGGUGGUCGCGGAGAGCAGAGCGAAGGAAAAGGUUGGCGGGGCGAUCGGUCUCUACGCACCGCGCUAGAUCGCUGGGAGUCCUGAGCCUCGCGAACCAGGAGAGGGGCGUCAAGAGCUGACUGGGCUCAAGCAGUCGGUCCGGUAGGAGGCGGCCUUCUGGUGUCGGGCUCACUGCCGAGACCCUACAAUUCAGAACGCGCCCCUGCGGUAAACCCCACCCCGGGAAAGAUCGCGCCAACUCCUGCUGCAAGUCGUCUUGCAAACUGAGCAGCACGAGCAUUAUUUCCCAGCGGAGCAGCAGGGAGAGACCCUGCACGGAGCUGGAGAAGCCAGUUCAGCUGGAGGCAGUUGCUGGACCUGCAGCUUCCUGAAGGAAGGUUCCCCGAGGGCACCUUUGCAGCCGGGAGUGAUUCCCCAACUUGCUGCCGCCGUAGAGGUGCAGCGCGGACAGGGGCGCAUGGAGAAACCCACCGAGCACCCCGAGCGGGUGAACAACGCAUCGAGCCUGGGUCCCAUGCCCCGCCCUCCAUUGGCUGUACAGGCGGUGACCUUGACCCUGGUGCCCCUCGUGUGCACCGUGGGUGUGGUGGGCAACGCCAUGGUAGUCCUGGUGGUGGUCCGGAGCCGCCACAUGGUCACAUCCACCAACUGUUAUCUGGUGAGCCUGGCCACCGCGGACCUGCUGGUGCUCCUGGCCGCCGGAGUGCCCACCGUGGCUGAGGCAGCGUCCGCUCGGGUGUGGGUCUUCGGCCACGCAGGCUGCCUGGGCAUCACCUAUCUGCAGUACGUAGGCAUCAACGCGUCCACAGGCUCCAUCACUGCCUUCACGGUGGAACGCUACCUCGCUAUCUGCCGUCCCCUGCGCGCCCAGGCUCUGUGCACCGUGGCGCGGGCCAAGCGCAUCGCGGCAUCGGUGUGGCUGGGCACCGGCGCCUACUGUGUGCUCUGGCUUUUCCUGGUGGACACGCGCGAGACCGCGUAUGCCGACGGCGUGCAGGUGCAGUGCGGCUACCGCGUCGCCGCUCUGUACCUGCCCAUCUACUUCCUGGACUUCGCGCUCUUCUACGCGCUGCCGCUGGGUCUGGCCACCGUGUUCUACGCGCUCAUGGUGCGCGUCCUCUUCGCGGAGCCGCGGCCUGCUGGCGGCGACCUGGGCCGCUCGGGCUCUGCGCACCAGGGCGGCCCUGCUGGUCCAGGGCGCUCCUCCUCCCGGGGCAGGAGAGGGGCCUUCAACUCCCAGAAGCAGGUCGCUAAGAUGCUGGGGGUGGUCGUGGUCCUUUUCGCUCUGCUGUGGCUGCCCUACCGCACCCUGGUGGUGGUGAAUUCCUUCCUGAGCCCGCCCUACCUCAACCUCGGCUUCCUUCUCUUCUGCCGCCUUUGCAUCUAUCUGAACAGCGCCAUCAACCCCAUUGUCUACGCCCUCAUGUCCCAGCGUUUCCGGGAGGCCUUCCACGGACUAUUUCGGUGCCGGCUGGCCCAGUCCAAGCUCCCACCUGAGGAGGCCACCCCUGUUUACUACAGUGUCAUCAAAGACUGUCCCCAGCACAGACUGGGCUCUUGGAAGGAACCGGGGAGCUUGAUGUCCAGACAGGGAGGGGAUCCUGGCACCUCAGGACAAGGCCCACCCUCUUACCCCUACUGAGGGGAAGGGGUCUCUGUGCGCUGGGGGAAACGUGACUUUGGAGAGAGUAUUGCUGGCCCGUGAGUAUACUGUCACCUUGUGGCCCCAGUGGGAACUGCAUUAUCCAACAGCUGCUUGCGGCUCUGCCUUUUUACUUACGGGGAUUUCUACCCUAGCAAGACCCACGUAAGUCGUAUUGUUCAAAUAACUCAGAAGAGAAAUGUCCAUACAUAAAUCAAAGUAAAUAUGAAGUCACAAUUAAUUUAAUUCUAACAGAGCUAUCAGGAAGAUUGUAGGAUGGUGUUACGUUCCCCCAAAAGAUGUUAAAGUUUUAACCCCAGUACUUGUCAAUAUAAACUUCUUUGGAAAUAGGGUCUUUUCAGAUGAUCAAGUUAAAAUGUGGUCAUCAGGGUGGGCCUUAAUCUGAUAGGACUGUGUCUUUACUAAGACUAAAUGGGAGGAGAGCAGAAUUUGGACACAGAGACAGACACAAAGGGAAGACGAUGUGAAGAUAUAGGGAAAAUGCAACCUACCAGCCAAGGAACACCCGAGGCUACAAGAAGCUAGGAGAGGAGUUCCCAUUGUGGCGCAGUGGUUAACGAAUCCGACUAGGAACCAUGAGGUUGCAGGUUCGA